AUGUUCGGCAACAACAACUCAGGCGGCAACAAGCCCCUCUUUGGAUCAGCUGCUGGCACUGGCAGCGCCUUUGGCUCUAACCAGAAUACUUCAAAUGCCGGUUCUACUGGUCCUAGCCUGUUCGGAAAUGUAGGAGCUACACCUGCCGGAGGCGCAUCUGCUUCACCCUUUGGAGGCAACUCGGGCACCCAACCCUCUUUGUUCGGAAGCGGUACCACCAGCAACACCACUAGCAGUGGCUCAUUCGGUUCGAACACUGCGACUUCAGGCGGCACCUUCUCAUUCGGUCAAGCUCAGAAACCCGCCGGUCAAUCGGGUAGCUUGUUUGGUGGAAACUCGACUCCGGCAAAGACAGAAGCAGCUACACCUACCCCUACAGCUGGCGGAAACAUUUUUGGAGGAGGUGGCGGCACAUUCGGAACAUCAACCACACCCGGUCCAUCAGGAGGAUCUUUGUUUGGCAACAAUUCAACCACUCCCGCCGGUCCUCCACCAGCAUCAAAGACACCUCUUUUUGGAACGACACCCGCUGCGUCGACAACCCCGUCCUCGGCCGCACCUUUCUCUACAACUCCAGCUACUACCCAGCCGCAGACAACUGGUAGCCUCUUUGGUGGCGGAGCCAGCACUACACCGGCUGCUCCCAAAUUAGCAUUUGGAUCUACCCCUACCACUGGCAGUGGAGGUCUGUUCGGUUCCAAGCCGGCCGAGUCCACCACAACCCCGGCCACAACUGCGGACAGCACCCCGAAGCCCAGCAUGUUCGGAAAUGCCGCUCCUGCCGCCAGUGCGCCAAGUACACAAGGAUCUACACCUUCCCUUUUCAAGAUGCCAUCUGCUGGAGGUGACUCCGCUGCUAAGCCUGCAUUCUCUCUUGGUGCCCCUGCUGCUAGCACUGGUGCCUCCCUGCCAUCGUUGGGCGCUCCCGCGGCCUCGACUGCUACUCCCCAAAAGUCUCUCUUCACCGGCCUUGGGGGUACCACAUCCUCUGCUGCCCAAUCAUCCACACCUGCUGCAGCUCCUACAGGACUGUUCGCUCCAAAACCCUCCACAUCCACUCCUGCGACUGCUGCCACCACAUCCGCUCCCGCCGCCACUCCCGCCGCCCCGGCUCCGCUUGGAGGUAUGUUCGGUAAGCCGGCCACUUCCACCCCGGCUUCGCAGCCUGCCGCAGCUACGACGACAGCAGCUGCCGAUAAAACCACUACCGCGACAGCUCCGUCCACAACUACCACAGCUGGUACAGCCGGUACAGGCACCGCAGCUCUUGGGCAGUCAACCACAGGGCCAGCCCCACCAGCCCAAUCACGGCUCAAGAAUAAGACCAUGGAUGAGAUCAUCACCCGCUGGGCGACAGAUUUGACCAAAUAUCAAAAGGAGUUCCGUGAGCAGGCGGAGAAGGUUGCUGAGUGGGAUCGGAUGCUAGUGGAGAAUGGAACCAAAGUGCAGAAGCUGUAUGGCAGUACUGUCGAUGCAGAGCGCGCUACCCAGGAGGUUGAACGUCAAUUGGCCUCCGUGGAAGGCCAGCAAGAUGAGCUAAGCUCGUGGCUGGAUCGAUACGAACGAGAGGUCGACGAGAUGGUUUCGAAGCAGGGAUCCCCCGGCGAUAGCAUUUCAGGCCCGGAUCAGGAACGCGAGAGAACAUACAAAUUGGCCGAGAAGCUCUCCGAACGUCUGGACGAGAUGGGCAAGGAUCUGACCAGCAUGAUCGAGGAGGUGAACGCUGCCUCGGCAACCCUAACCAAGACCAACCGAGCAGACGAGCCCAUCUCCCAAAUUGUGCGCAUUCUCAACUCCCACCUGUCUCAACUGCAGGUCAUCGAUCAAGGUACAUCCGAGCUGCAGGCCAAGGUUGCUGCAGCUCAAAAGGCUGGCCAGUCGAUCUCUUCUCGGCUUGGCUACGGUUAUGCUAGCCCUGGUAUGGGUGGAGGUCAUGCCGCGGAUGAUUUUUACCGCUCGUACAUGGGACGGCGGUAG